AUGUCAGAACGAGACUCUUCAUCUGUAGCCUCCCAUACCCCAUUGACCAGAGGUGAAAACCUGCUAGUUUACAACCACAAUUCCAAUGAGGCGUAUAUCGACUUAACCUUUGAUUUGACCCCCGAAGAGCUUGCAAGAAGACGUACCUCCUGGUACAAGUUCAAGAUUGCGGUGUGGGAUUCGGCAGAUAAGCAUCCCAAGGAGCGGGCUUUCAUGUUGAAGUUGGACUUCUUUCUCUUAUCCUCAUCGAUGUUGGGAUAUUUUAUCAAGACAUUGAAUCAGAACAACGUCGCCACGGCGUAUGUUAACGGGAUGAAAGAAUACUAUCAUAUGGACAGUAACCAGUACAAUUACAUGGUCACAUUGUGGACCGUGGGGUACAUUAUCGGUCAGAUUCCAUCCAACCUUAUUUUGCACCGGAUUUCCGCCCGGUACUACUUGGGUAGCUUGGAGUUUAUUUGGUCUAUUUUGACUGUAUUGUUGAUUACAUGCAAAAACAUCAACGGGAUUUAUGCACUCCGUUUUUUAUUAGGGUUGACAGAGGCAGGCUUCUUCCCGGGUAUGGAAUAUUUGAUCGGGUCUUGGUACUCUCCUAAGGAGUUGGCCAAACGGUCCACGUUGUUCGCCUGUGCGGGGACUGCCGCUGGGAUGGUUUCAGGACCAUUACAACUCGCCGUCUUGAAUAACUUCUCACACUCCAAACUUCCGGCCUUCAAGUGGAUGUUUGUGCUUGAUGCGAUUAUUUCGUUUCCAAUCGCAUUCUACACAAUGUUGGUAGAUCCCAACACCCCUUCUACUACCAACGCCUGGUAUUUUUCAGACGAUGACAAGCUUGUGGCAUUGGAGAGGAGGAGACGCAUCGGGGCCGCUGUUAAUACUCGUGAAAAGUACACCCUCAAGAAGAUCAAGUCUUUUUUCAGUACCUGGCACAUUUUUGUCUUCCCCUUGAUUUUCUUGGCUUACAACAACGCUUGUGCUUCCACUAGCCAACCUACUUUUACUCAGUGGAUGAAGGUAGAUUUGAAGUUGCCUGCCUCAAAGUAUAACGUAUAUCCCACUGCCCUCAGCGGCGCUGGCAUUGGGUUUGCCAUAACCAUCUCGUGGCUUUCGGAUGCCUUAAAAGGGAGGUUCAACUACGUAUUUGUUCAGGCCUUUUUUGUGAGUCUAAUCGUUGGCUGCUCGGCGUUAUCGUACUGGAACAUCCCAAUUGGGUUCCAUUGGUUUUGCUACUUCUUGAUCGGUGUUCCAACCUCCUGGGGCCAACCUCAGAUCUUCUCGUGGGUCAAUAGGUUGCUCGCCCACGAUGACAUGAAGCGGAACUUUGUGGUGGUGGUAACCAACACCUUGGCGUAUGUGACUGGUGCGUGGGUGCCAAUUUUUGUCUGGAAUGCCACGGAUGCUCCGCGUUACUUUAUCGGGUUUACCUACACCGCGUGCUUGUCUGCAUUUGGCGUACUCAUGACGCUUCUAGCUACAUACUUUUCUAAGCGGGAUGAAAAGUUAAUGGAUAAGGCCGCAUUCGAUGAGGAAAGUGAGGGUUCACCCGACGAUUCCAGCGUUGAAGAGGUGACGCAUUCUGUGGCAUUAAAGAAUUGA